GCCUAGUGGUGUAGACGUAAGCAAAUUACGGGCAAUGCAAACCAAAAAAGAGACUUGUUUACUUAAGGCGCUGAUUCCAUUAAAAAGGGCCAAAAUAAAUAACCAAUAAAAAUAAAAAAAAGAAAAAAAUAAUAUUUUCAGUUACAGAGCCACAAUCGUGUUCGACUCGAGGAAGGAGAUACCAAAAAAAAAAAAAAAAAGUAAGCGACAGAGACGCCUGCUUGAUCGCCGGCGUGCUGUGUCACUCCGGCCGAGUCUUUCACGUUUUAUUUCGACUGACUAUGGUGAUUGAUUAAUCGUGGGACAAACGAAAGUUGAGGAAUUGGAGGGAUUCGGAAUUCAGAUGGAGUUCAACAAGCAGCAAGAUCUUGUAGAGUCUUCUAUGGAACAAACGGAUCCUCUCUGCAUUUCUCAAUUGAAAAUAUCUUCUUCUUCCUCUCUCGAGGCCCCAGGAUCGCCAUUGCCACAGGCCAAGAUGUCAGAGGAUUUGUUAAAGAGUCAUAGACAUUCUGUUUGUUCUAAAGACGGUCUCCCUUCAAAAGUGGAAGGGAGCCAAGAAACUUGGGAAGAGUCGCUUGGUGUAGAAGAUGAUCACCCCACUGACCCAAAUUGUGACAUCAUUGAGGGCAAUGGGCAUUCAGAUUCAUCAAGCUUCGAUGCAGAUUUAAGUGAGUACAAAAAAAAGGCCACGAUAAUUGUCGAGGAAUACUUUAGCACCAAUGAUGUUGUAUCAGUUGCUAAUGAGCUCAAGGAGCUUGGAAUGGCUGAAUACCGUUAUUAUUUUGUCAAGAAAUUAGUCUCCAUGGCUAUGGAUAGACAUGACAAGGAGAAAGAAAUGGCUGCUUUUCUGUUGUCUACGCUUUAUGCUGAUGUUAUUGAUCCCCCAGAAGUUUACAGGGGUUUCAACAAGCUGGUGGCUUCUGCUGAUGAUCUAUCCGUAGAUAUUCCGGAUGCAGUUGAUGUUCUUGCUGUGUUUGUGGCUCGGGCAAUUGUUGACGACAUUCUUCCGCCAGCGUUCCUGAAGAAACAAAUGAAUUUGUUGCCAGAUGACUCCAAAGGUGUAGAGGUGUUGAAAAAGGCUGAGAAGAGCUAUCUUGCAACUCCGCUUCACGCUGAAGUUGUUGAGAAGAGAUGGGGAGGGACUGAUAAUUGGACUGCUGAAGAUGUGAAAGGAAGAAUAAAUGACUUGUUGAAAGAGUAUGUGAUGAGUGGAGAUAAGAAAGAGGCUUUUAGAUGCAUUAAAGGAUUGAAAGUUCCGUUUUUUCAUCAUGAGAUUGUCAAACGGGCGCUGAUAAUGGCAAUGGAAAGGCAAAAGGCCCAAGUUAGGCUGCUAGAUUUGUUGAAAGAAGCAAUUGAGGUUGGUCUCAUAAACUCCACUCAAGUGACCAAAGGGUUUAGCAGAAUCAUCGAUUCAAUUGAAGAUUUGUCUCUUGACAUACCAGAGGCACGCUGUAUAUUACAGUCUUUCAUCUCAAAAGCGGCUUCUGAAGGAUGGUUAUGUGCUUCUUCUCUGAAAUCUCUCUCCGCUGAUCCAGGUGAAAAGUCACUUGAAAACUCCAGCGCCAAUGAAUUUAAAGACAAGGCUAAGUCGAUCGUUCGAGAAUAUUUCCUCUCAGGUGACACUUCAGAGGUCGUACAUUGUCUAGAAACCGAGCUGAGUGCAUCUUCGGGUCAGCUACGGGCAAUCUUUGUUAAGUAUCUGAUAACUUUAGCGAUGGAUAGAAAGAAAAGAGAGAAAGAGAUGGCUUGUGUUCUUGUCUCGUCACUUGGUUUCCCUCCCAAAGAUGUCAGAAAGGCAUUCUCGAUGCUCAUAGAAUCUGCAGACGACACUGCUCUAGACAACCCAGUGGUCGUUGAAGACCUUGCCAUGUUCUUGGCCAGAGCUGUGGUCGACGAGGUCUUAGCUCCACGGGAUUUAGAAGAACUGUUAAACCAGACUCCCGAGCCGGGUUCAACCGCCGGGGAAAAAGUGAUUCAAAUGGCGAAAACAUUGCUGAAAGCACGUCUUUCGGGUGAAAGGAUCUUACGCUGCUGGGGAGGAGGAGGAAUUGAAACAAACUCGCCGGGUGCCACUGUGACCGAAGUAAAAGAGAAGAUUCAAGUUAUCCUGGAAGAGUAUGUAUCUGGUGGAGACCUGAAAGAAGCUUGUAGGUGCGUGAAGGAACUGGGAAUGCCGUUUUUCCACCACGAAGUUGUGAAGAAGUCAGUGGUGAGGAUCAUAGAAGAGAAAGAGAAGAAGGAGCGACUAUGGAAGCUACUGAAAGUGUGUUUUGAAUCGGGACUAGUGACAAUUUAUCAGAUGACCAAAGGGUUUAAAAGAGUCAGUGAGUCGCUUGAGGAUCUGUCUUUGGAUGUCCCUGAUGCUGCGGAAAAGUUUUCUAGUUGCGUCGAAAGUGCCAAGCUUGAAGGGUUCUUGGACGAAUCAUUUGCUGUUGAGGAAACACACGAGAAUGGCUCUCGUCUUCGUUUGGAUACUGAUGAUGAUGUACCAACCUGAACCUCUUGACUCUAUACGUUUGGUUUGACGCAAAAUCAUCUUUUGAAUUCGUUUUUUUUUUUGCUUUACUAAAAGUUUUGGUACUUUGAUGAUGAUCUUACAGAAAUCGUCUCAUCUUAGUGACGUUUUGUUUAACAAUAUUCACUCUUUUUGUUUUCUCUUUAAUACUAUAAAAUUAU